AUGACAUACAUUACCAGCUUCCUCGUCUCUCUUCUAGUGGGAGUUGCAUCUGCAAAUCCGGCCUCUGUCCACGAUCAACAGGGAUCCAGUCAAACCCUGAUCUGCCCGGGCCUGAAAACCGUUAACAACGGCUGUAUUCGAUAUACCCGAGGAUUUGACGUGACCGGUGUUACUACUGAAGUCGAUCUCAAAUUUCCACAGGUCAAAGACGAAUGUGAUUGCAUCCAGGAGUGCUUGAAACGACUCGAUUCGUGUGCCAACUAUGUUUGGAAGUUCUCAACUCCAGAGUCUGUUCAAUCGGGCCAUCGCACCUGCACGUUGUAUUCGAACUUCAACCUUCCACCCAAAACAAACCUAGCCUUCAAUGUUGACAAGUCUACGAACAUUCAGUUGUUGAGUCCACAAAAUAAUCCCCAAAUGGGUGGCCUUGUCCCCCAAGCCUUUAAGGAUCAGAAACUUAAUACCACCCCUGACCCAGAUGCUGUUUCAGGUCCUGUCUGGGCUUUAGCAGAUGGGUCCGUUCAGUGUUAG